AUGAGCUCCAGCGACGAGGACGAGAGGUUUCUGUAUGGCUCUGACGAUGAAGGUGCUGAAAUCACUGCAUCUGAUAAAAAGAGACCUCUUGAUGAGGAUGAAAAAGCAGAAGAGUCUAAGAAAGCAAAGGUUGUCGAUUCAAGCAGUAGUGAAACGGAGUCCAGCGACGAAGAUCAAUCAGAUGACGACUCUGAUGUGGAAUUCAUUAUAGGGCUGGAUGGAGAUACUUCGAAACUCGACCAGAAGGACAGAAGCAUUAACUCUGUGACAAUCUCAGCACCUACCGUGGAAAGUGGCUCUGCUCUCGGUGCCGAUGAAGAGUUAACGGAAACGAAACUUCCCCUAGAAUCUGAUAAAGCCGAGACUUCUGAUGUAAACGCAGAAGAUAGACAGCAGACACUUGAUUUAGAUGCUCCCGGGAAGCUUGGAGACCAAGAUAUCACCGACAUUGACCCUGAAGUACUGAAGGAAAAACCUUGGAGGCAACCAGGCGCGAAUAUUAGCGAUUAUUUCAACUAUGGUUUCAAUGAACAAACAUGGACAGAAUACUUGCAUCGUCAAGAGAAGCUGCGUAAAGAAUACAAUCCUCAUAAGAUUUUAAUGGGCCUUUUGGCUUUACAACAACAAGGGAAACUCAAUGAAUCGAGCGCAGACGGUGUAUCUUCAGAUAGUACUGUCAAUGCACCAAUCCCGCCUGCUGCAUUUCCAAUGGGUAUGCCUCCGAUGUUUGGUGGCUUUCCAUUUCCAUUUCCUGGCAUGAUGAAUAACAUGAAUCCUCAACAGAAAAAAUAA